AUUUUCUCAAAUUACUCCUUUUCAGAUAAGAACAGGUGAGAAUUAUCCAAUAUGUGUUUGUUAUCUUUUUUAAGAAUUUAAAAGGGUUCCUUAUUAAGUUUUUCUUUCUUUUUAAAUCUCAGCUUUGAAAGUGCUUAAAGAAACUGAUACCAACAUGAAAUUCAUCGUUUCAGCUUUAGUUUUGGGAGCUUUCUGUCUUUCCGCUGCUGUUGCAGCCACUGACUGUGAAGAGCAUCGUGAACGAGAACUCAAAUCCGAUUCUAAAGUCAAGUUGGUUCCCAAAUGUACUGAGAAUGGUGAAUACGAUUCCCUUCAGUGUUUCGAGGGAUCACCUUUCUGCAUGUGUUGGAGACCUGAUGGUACACACAUCACUGAUCCUUCUUUAAAAUUGAAGGCCUGUGCUUGCAUCGCUCACAGAGACAGAGUUGUCAAACAACAUUUGAUUGGAAAUUACAGACCUCAAUGUGAAGAGGAUGGUACUUACAGCCGAACACAAUGCCACGGAGGUAUGGGCUACUGUUGGUGCGUGGAUGAGCACGGAAACAAGCUGCCCCACCAGAACCUAAAUGACUGUUAAAACUGUUGUAUAAAUAAAAUCUAUUUUAUAGGCUA